ACUCUCCGCCACCGAUUCAUCUCAAGCUCCAAUGGCAGUUACUUUCUCAGAUCUACACACCGAAGAGGGUCUCAAAUCCGUCAACGGUUUCCUCUCCGGAAAAACCUAUAUCUCCGGGGAUCAAUUGACAAAGGAUGAUAUCAAGGUUUAUGGAGCUGUUUCUGAGAAGCCAAGUGGGUCUUUUUCCAAUGCUGCUACUUGGUAUGAUGCUGUUUCUUCAAGCCUUGCUGCUAGUUUCCCUGGAAAAGCUCAAGGUGUGAAGUUUGCAGCAAGUGGUGCUGCUCUAGCUGCUGAAGCACCUGCCAAAGCAGAGAAUGAUGUAAAGAGUCCAAACAUUAUAGAAUUUUAG